AGCUCCUCUGAACCUACAGAACGGACAGUCUGUGGGUCUGGAGGACCAUGUCAAUAACAGCUUUGUGUCUUGAAAAGGCAGCAGAAGCUUCUCAGUGUGUCUCAGUCCCAUGGCACUGGUUUUUCUCUCUCUUUAUCACACUGAUAAAACUGUGGUCAAGACGCUAGACUGUUAUCUGGUGUUCCAUCUUUUAAAAAAAGACCAAACAAAAUAACUGUUUUUACCAGAAGAACACAAAUAAAUCUUUGUGAUAGAUAGCUUCUUGCAAGCAAUGCAGACUCUCCGUUUAACUUGCUGGGUCUUUCUAAUACUGACUUCUCGAUGCAUGUUCGACAGAGGAUCGGUGUCAGCUUCUCAAGAGCCUGUCUACCUGGAGAAACAUGAGGGCCAGUCCGCUGUGCUCUCCUGCUUCACUGACCACUCCGAGGGCCACAUCGCAGGCUUCUACUUGAAAAGAAAGUGGAGAACUGCCCUGGAGGUCCUUUUCCAAUCCGUCGAAGGCAGCAGUGGGGCCAGCAGCCUCUACAAGGACCGAUUUCACAUACAAGGGGACCUGAAUACACAUUGGCUAAAUAUAACUAUCCUCAACCUGCGGCACAAUGACACUGAUUUGUACUCCUGUGAAUUCCUCUAUGACAUGGGGUCACACAAAACAACCAAAACAAAAACAUAUUUCAUCUUUGUAGAUGAUAAUGGCACUCGAGAGCAGUGCAGCUCUACAGAGAUCUCUCAGCCGUGCUCAGACUAUUCCACGCUGCUCUUUGCCAUCUCUGGAGCAGUAGCCCUGUUCCUCAUUCUCAUCACCCUCAUGCUUUGUGUGAAGUUCGCUCAGCGGUGCUGUCGCCCCCAGCCUCCAGCCCCGGUCCCAAUAUAUGAGGUAAUGACAGGGCUACCCCAAGGGGGCGCUGUGGACCACUUCGAGGGAAUGGAGAACACCCACUAUGCCAGCCCAGUGACGAUACCCACUGACUUCAACCUCUAUUCCAAAGUGGACCCCCGCUGAUAAUUGGGUCAUUUCCUUCUGAAACAUGCCAAGGCUUAUUAAGACUGCUGGACUUGUUCUCCCUAUUCCUGGUGUAUGGUGUAAUGCAGGGUUGCUCAACUGGAAGCCCAAGAGGAGGCCAUUCAGCCCAUCUUGCUCGUUUGGUUGUUAGUAGCUUAUUGAUCCCAGAAUCUCAUCAAGCAGCUUCUUGAAGGAUCCCAGGGUGUCAGCUUCAACAACAUUACUGGGGAGUUGGUUCCAGACCCCCACAAUUCACAGUGUAAAAAUGUGCCUCCUAUUUUGUAUUCUGAAUGCCCCUUUAUCUAAUCUCCAUUUGUGACCCCUGGUCCUUGUUUCUUUUUUCAGGACGAAAGAGAAGAGAAAAAAAUAGCAAAUAUAUUAAAUGAAUACUUUUCACAAGUUUUUACAAAGGAGGAUACGGACAACAUGCCCCACAUGUCGAACUGUUCCAAUCCAGUUUUAAAUAACUUUAGCAUAACAGAGGCAGAAGUGUUAAAGGGACUAGGAGCUCUUAAAAUAAACAAAUCCCCUGGGCCAGAUGAGAUCCUCCCAAAAGUACUCAAAGAAAUGAAACAAGUUAUUUACAAACCGCUAACCAAGAUCAUGCAACAGUCUCUUGACACAGGGGUUGUACCGACAGACUGGAGAAUUGCAAACGUAAUACCGAUCCACAAAAAGGGAGACGAAACCGAACCAGGUAACAACAGACCAAUAAGACUGACUUCUAUUAUAUGUAAACUUACGGAAACUAUAAUAAGAUCCAAAAUGGAAAAUUACCUAUAUGGUAGCAGUAUCCUGGGAGACAGUCAGCAUGGUUUUAGGAAAAGGAGAUCAUGUCUAACUAACCUGCUUGAUUUUCUUGAGGAUGCAACAUUGACAAUGGAUAAUUGCAAAGCAUAUGACAUGGUUUAUUUAGAUUUCCAGAAAGCUUUUUGACAAAGUCCAGCAUAAAAGAUUAACUCUCAAACUGAACGAAGUAGGGAUUCAAGUAAAUGCAUGCACAUGGAUUAGGGAGUGGUUAACAUGUAGAAAACAGAGAGUACUGAUUAGGAGAGAAACCUCAAAAUAGAGUGAGGUAACCAGUGGAGUACCACAGGGAUCAGUAUUAGGUCCUCUGCUAUUCCUAAUCUGCAUUAAUGAUUUAGAUUCUGGUAUAGUAAGCAAACUUGUUAAAUUUGCAGACGACACAAAAAUAGGAGAAGUGGCUAAAACCCUUGCAGCAGCAAAGGUCAUUCAAAAUAUGGGAGAUAGUGAAAUUGAAGAAGGAAUCUAUGAAAAAGACCUAGGAGUUUAUGUUGACUCAGAAAUGUCUUCAUCUAGACAAUGUGGGGAAGUUAUAAAAUAGGCCAACAAGAUGCUCGGAUACAUAGUGAAAAGUGUUGAAUUUAAGUCAAGGGAAGUAAUGUUAAAACUUUACAAUCCAUUAGUAAGACCUCAUCUAGAAUAUUGUGUUCAGUUCUGGUCACCUUGCUACAAAAAGGAUAUUGCUGCUCUAGAAAGAGUGCAAAGAAGAGCGACCAGAAUUAUUCUGGGUUUAAAAGGCAUGUCAUAUGCAGACAGGCUUAAAUAAUUGAAUCUAUUCAGUCUUGAACAAAGAAGACUAUGCGGUGAUCUGAUUCAAACAUUCAAAAUCCUAAAAGGUAUUGACAAUGUCGACCCAAGGGACUUUUUCCGACCUGAAAAAAGAAACAAGGACCAUGGGUCACAAAUGGAGAUUAGAUAAAGGGGCAUUCAGAACACAAAAUAGGAGACACUUUUUUACACAGAGAAUUGUGAGGGUCUGGAACCAACUCCCCAGUAAUGUUGUUGAAGCUGACACCCUGGGAUCCUUCAAGAAGCUGCUUGAUGAGAUUCUGGGAUCAAUAAGCUACUAACAACCAAACGAGCAAGAUGGGCUGAAUGGCCUCCUCUUGUUUGUAAACUUUCUUAUGUUCUAUGUUACAUUUUAAUUAUUGCUUCAAAUAUAAAUGAAGAAAAUAAAUGCUUGCCUGUUUAAUGCCAUGUCUCGCCACUCCGAAAGAUUCCUGCAAAAAAGAGAGAGAAAGUGCAGUUAUACUGUAAUAGAGUAGUUUUUUUUAAAAGGGAGAAGUAAUUACUGUUUGUUUUAAUAUAAGUGGAUGUAUUUAGUGGGAAUGUACAUAGUUUUUAAAGUUUUUGAAGGUUUGUUCCAGCUGAUUGCUUAGGGGAUAAAUACUUGAAAUACUCUGCUUCAGCAUUGAAGUGCUAUACAUACAUUUUUAUGCUCUACAAAUUUCAGCUUCAAUAAAAAUGGGAUUGCAACCCUAUUCCUGCCUCUUGACUGUUCCCUGUCCCAACACCAGCCUCUCUGCAACAUUUCCAUGGAGCUUCACUGCACCAGCCUGCCUGCACAUUUCCAUGGAGCUUCACUGCACCAGCCUGCCUGCACAGUUCCAUGGAGCUUCACUGCACCAGCCUGCCUGCACAUUUCCAUGGAGCUUCACUGCACCAGCCUGCCUGCACAUUUCCAUGGAGCUUCACUGCACCAGCCUGCCUGCACAUUUCCAUGGAGCUUCACUGCACCAGCCUGCCUGCACAUUUCCAUGGAGCUUCACUGCACCAGCCUGCCUGCACAGUUCCAUGGAGCUUCACUGCACCAGCCUGCCUGCACAUUU